CCUUAAGAUAUGUUCACAAAAAAACAAGAGUUCUUCAGUAUAAGUCCUAACAUCUGCAUGUGAGUUCUAGCUAGCUAGUGAAAGAAGGAAGAUAAGGAAAAAUUGGUUUGUUUGGUUUGACUCCCCAUGGCUUGCAGCUUGAACAUGUUCAACAAUGAGCAGCAAGGCCUCUGCACCAAUUCCAUGGGUCCAAGAAUCUCCUUCUCCAAUGAUUUUUUGGACACCCAACAACCAAUCAACCACGAAAAGAGCUACAGAGAAGCCCCCGUGUCGUCGGAUUUUGAAUUCUCUGCAAAAAGCAACGCCAUGAUCUCUGCAGAUGAGCUCUUCUUCAAGGGGAAGUUGUUGCCAUUGAAGGAAAACUGCGCCAAGAUGACCCUGAGAGAGGAGCUCCUCAUCCACGACGACGACCACGAGUCGGACAAUGUGUUUCCAUGGAUGCCAAAGGGUUCAGGCCGGUGGAAGGAGCGGUUGGGACUGAAGAGGACUCACAUUGUGCCAAAGAAAGCUGAUCACAAGAGUUUUGGGACUUUAGAGACCAUAGAGGAAGUAAAGAAGACUAUGUUGGUUCAUGAGGAGGCAUGUGCCACAAACACAGAAGCUAAUUGAAGGAGGAGCUUUCAUGGUGAAAGAGGGAAGGGAAGGUGGAUUUGUUUCCUCUGAUGUUAGAGAGUAGUGUUUGUAUGGUUUAACUCUCCAUCCAUAACAAAUAGGGAUGCACAUUUGUGUAUGCAACUAUUUGCCUUUGUACAAAUGUGUUUGCAGGUUGAAGAUUUUCAUGUAAUAAAAUGUAUUGUUUAGUCUAAAUAAUGCUUUGUAUUGAUUCUUUUGGUAUGUGAAGUUGGAUAUCUUUUAUGUUUUACAAA